AGACAACAUAUCUGGUUCCUUGACAAGGCCACAGCCUCCUCCUGAAGAUGUGCUCCACAAACCCAGGCAAUUGGGUCACCUUUGAUGACGACCCUGCUUUUCAGUCUUCUCCAAAGUCCAAGAAUUUCCCUCUGGAGAAUCAAAGUGUCUGUAGACCAAAUGGACUUAAACUGAACCUGCCUGGUCUCAGAGAAUUUCCCAGUGGGCCUUCCUCCACCAGCAGCACCCCGCUGUCUUCUCCCAUUGUUGAUUUUUACUUUAGUCCGGGACCUCCAAGUAAUUCUCCCCUUUCUACACCAACCAAAGACUUCCCAGGUUUUCCCAGCAUCCCUAAAUCAGGGGUUCAUGUCCUUUAUCCCAUUCCAGAAUCUUCUCCAAACUGUCCACUUGUGCCAGCAGGAACAGGUUCCUCCUUAUUGUCUACUAAGUCCACCUGUGUCUCCCAGGCUUUCGUACCUAAGGACCCCUCAUGUACACCUCCAGCUCCCAGAGUGGGUCUCUCAGAUGAAACGAGUCCUCAGCAGGCUGAAGGUGGAGGUCUGCAAAGUGAUGCUCCCCAGUUUCAGUAUUUUCAGGAGGACUGCGCUUUUUCAAGUCCAUUUUGGAAAGAUGAAGGCAGCACUUCUCAGUUCACCUUUGACCCCUCGGGAAGCAGAAAGACUUUCUCGUCAAGAGACAGGGAGAUGCCUAUGGAUCAAAAAAGCCUAAAUAAAUGUUCCCUUGACUACAUCUGUGAGAAGCUUGAACACUUCCAGUCAGCCGAGCACCAAGACCCUCUUGGAAAUUUGUCUGCGCAGUGUCCCUAUGCCGAAGACUCUGUCUCUUCCUUUGUCCCCCAUACGCUUUUCAGGAGUCAGCCCAAAGCCGGAUGGUCCUUCAUGCUGAGAAUCCCUGAAAAGAAGAACAUGAUGUCUUCCCGGCAAUGGGGCCCAAUUUUUCUGAAAGUCUUACCCGGAGGAAUUUUGCAAAUGUAUUAUGAGAAGGGCUUGGAGAAGCCAUUCAAAGAGUUCCAGCUUGACCCACAUUGCAGACUUUCUGAACCCAAAGUUGAGAACUUUAGUGUGGCGGGGAAAAUCCAUACUGUGAAGAUUGAACAUGUGUCUUACACAGAAAAAAGGAAAUACCAUUCUAAGACAGAAGUCGUUCAUGAACCAGACGUAGAGCAGAUGUUGAAGUUGGGGUCCACAGAGUACCGGGACUUCCUGGACUUUCUGACUACUGUGGAGGAGGAGCUGCUGAAGCUGCCAGUCGUUCCCAAACCAAAGAAGAACUAUGAGGAGCAAGAAAUUUCCCUGGAAAUUGUGGACAACUUUUGGGGUAAAGUCACAAAAGAGGAUGGGAAAUUGGUUGAAAGUGCUGUCAUAACUCAAAUCCAUUGCCUCUGCUUUGUGAAUGGGAACGUGGAGUGCUUUUUAACCUUGAAUGACCUUGGACUGCAAAAGCAAGAUGAAUGCUGUUUUGAAAAAGAUCCAGAAAAGAAGUGGAUCGAGAUUCUUGACUACCAUUUUCAUAAGUGUGUGAAAGGACAAGAAUAUCAGCAGUCAAGAAUCGUUAAGUUUGUCCCUCUUGAUGCCUGCCGGUUUGAGCUGAUGCGUUUUAAGACUUUGUAUGAUGGGGACGAGCUUCCCUUUUCUGUGAAGUCCAUCGUGGUUGUCCAAGGCGCCUACGUGGAACUUCAGGCCUUUGUCAACAUGGCCCCGUUGGCUCAGAGGCCAUCCCACUCCAGUUCCUUGAGGUGCUGUGACAAUAUAAUGAUACACUUUCCUGUCCCGUCUCAGUGGAUCAAGGCUCUCUGGACCAUGAACCUCCAGAGGCAGAAGUCCCUGAAAGCCAAAAUGAACCGCAGGGCCUGUCUGGGGAGUUUACAUGAACCUGAAUCUGAACCUGUCAUUCAGGUCACUGUGGGGUCAGCCAAAUAUGAGAGUGCCUACCGGGCUGUGGUGUGGAAGAUAGAUCGGCUUCCUGAUAAAAAUUCAAGUCCUGAUCAUCCCCACUGUCUGUCAUACAAACUAGAACUUGGAUCAGACCAAGAAAUUCCCUCUGACUGGUAUCCAUUUGCUACUGUUCAGUUUUCUAUGCCUGAGUCCUGUGCCUCAAGGACAGAGGUCAGGUCUCUGGGGAUGGAGAGCGAUGUCCAGCCACAGAAACAUGUUCAACAGCGAGCUUGCUACAACAUCCAGGUUGAAAUAGAAAAGAAAUGGAUUAAAAUUGAUGGAGAAGACCCAGAUAAAGCUGGUGGCUGCAUAACUCAGUAGAAGUACCAAGAGUGAUGAUGAUCCACACGUCAGAUAUGUAACUCAGAGAAACCACAUGAAGUUCUGCUAUUGGCUUCUGAGUGGUGGGCUUAGGACAGGCCCAGUGGCUGUGUGUACUGAAGCUUAGACCUAAAACCAAACCUUCUGUGUUUUAUGCUUUUGAUAUGUUUUGCCAUAGGGGUUUCAUCUAAAUGUGUCUAUAAUUUGUGUGAUAUUUUGCUUCUUAUUGAAACUCAAAGGCACCGUUA